AUCAAGUACUUAAACAAAAAGCAUUAUAAUUUAAUAUUUUAUGAAUUUAUGGCUAAACUAUUUAGUGAAUAAGUGUAAAAACAUGAGCAGCUAAAGAAAUUCUUCAUGUUAAACAAAAACCCGUCACAAAGAUGUCGUCCUUCCAUGAGAGACAAAAAAGUCUUUUUGAAACACUGAAAAGCGCUGAAGAGGAAUGUGGUUUUUCUAAGACAAACAAAGCGUCAGAAAAUCAAGAUUUUGGAACAAUCGAUAGACACAACUACAGAAAACUAAAACGAGAAAUGAAACAGUUCAGAGGCAAAGAAAGUAUUUACAAGCGGGGCGAAGCAAAUAUAAAGCAGUGUCUGCGCGCUAAGACUAUACCUGAUUACAUGAAAAAUCCACAGAAAUGGGUUUACUACUCCUUGGCCGAUGUAACACCCGAGCAAAUGUCUGACCGGACAAACACAGCGACAGCAUUGGCUCUCAUGAAACAACUAGAAGAGAAGGAAUCACAAGACACCAUAGCAGAAGUUACAGACGAAACAGGAGCUGUAUUUAAGAAGCCAACAUUCAAAAUAUCCAAAACAAUCAAACAACCUACUGAGGUUAUAGAAAGUCCAGCUGAAGAAAAUUCUGUUGUUUUCAAAAGCAAUAAAAUAGUUAUGCCAGAAUAUGUAGUUGGUGUAACAAAGAAGAAAGAUAAACCUAAAGUUAAGAAGACCCCAAAGGAUGAAAGUGCAAAGUCAACUCUCGUUCUCAAUCAUUUGUAUGAUGACAAUGAUGAAGAUGAUUACGCUAAAUGAUUUUGUUUUACUGCCUAAUGUAAUUUAUUGACUUUAUACAAAAAUAAUAAAUGACA